AUGAAGCUCAUCAGGUUCUUGAUGAAGCUGAACAACGAGACGGUGACCAUCGAGCUCAAGAACGGCAUUGUCGUCCAUGGCACCAUCACCGGCGUUGACAUCAGCAUGAAUACUCAUCUGAAGACUGUGAAGCUCACACUGAAAGGGAAAAAUCCUGUUACCCUUGAUCACCUCAGUGUGAGGGGAAACAACAUCCGCUAUUAUAUCCUUCCUGACAGCUUAAACCUGGAGACUUUGCUGGUUGAGGAAACACCAAGGGUCAAACCUAAGAAGCCAACUUCAGGGAAGCCUUUGGGUCGUGGGCGCGGCCGUGGACAUGGGCGCGGCCGGGGUCGGGGACGUUGA